AUGGGUUGGAAUAGUUCUUUGAUGGAUGGGACUCUGGUUCAUCUUGGUGAAUUCAGCUUGACGAUGGAAUUUGUGGCAAAGAAGGGCAAUCUCAGGUGGAGAUGUACAACGUUGACGGAUGUCUAUGGUGUUGGGGGGAUUCCAUGGGUAAUAUGCGGGGACUUGAAUGCCAUAUUCAACUUGGAGGAUAAACCUUCUGGUAAUUACAACUGGGAAGAUAUCAGCAAAGCCAACACCUUUUUGCAGGAUCUGGCGUUGCAAGAACCCCCUCCUGUGGGAAGAAGAUUCACUUGGACCAAUAAUCAAGAGGAACCCAUUUGGGUGAAACUUGAUCGUUUCCUGAUCAAUAAUGAGUGGCUCACUCAUUUUCCUAGAGUGGUACAAAUGUCCCUGCCUAGACUGGGAUCGGAUCAUGUGCCUUUAAGACUGGAGGUGGGUAACCAUAUUUCCAGGCCACGGCUCUUUCGUUAUGAAUGGGUCUGGUCUACGGUAGAGGGAUUUCAAGAGUUGGUGCAGCACUGGUGGUCGGUGAACAACUUCAGGGGUUGCGGUGCCUACAUUAUUUCAAAGAAAAUUGCAGGGAUCAGGGCUCACUUACUUCAGUGGGCAAAAUUUGACUUUGGGUCGAUCAAGUUAAAAAAACUAGCCUUGAUGCAGGAAUUGGAGACUCUGGAUACUACUAAGGAAACUAGAGGCCUUAUUCUGGGGGAAAUUCAGAAGGAGAAUGAUCUGCUCUUGCAAUUAGAGGUUAUCCGUAAGCAAGAGGAGGUUUACUGGAAACAAAGGUCAAGGUUACAAUGGCUCAAAGAGGGAGACGAAAAUACAAAAUUUUUUCAUGCGGUUGCAAAUGGGAGGAGGAAUCGCAACUUUAUUCCUGGACUGAAUCAGGGAGGUGCCUUGAUUGUAGAUCCCUGGGAAAUUGGCAAGAUGUUCGCUACUCAUUUUAAUCAACAAUUUGGCAGUAGGAGAUCUUUCAGGCUUAGGGUGGAUUUCCAGAAGCUUUUUCAGUUAAAAAACCAGUGGAUCUUACUAUGUUGGAGAAUCCGUUCUCGGUAG